AUGGGUCGAUACGCGUCAUUCUCACCACCACCACGGUUCCUGGUCCAGGUCUAUCACCAGGAGCAGUGGCAGGCAUCGCACUGGGCUGCUUCGUCGGGCUUGCUCUUCUUGCUGCAAUCCUCGUGUGGUUCCUCCUCCCCAGACGCCGCCGUGAGUGGCCUUCAAACCCCUCAACCAUCCUUCGUGAGAAUUUCCUCAAGAGUGAUUUCAACGCAGCCCUCGCUUGCCUGUUCCUCACUGAAUGGCACGGCAAAGCAAGUGGGGCGACCUGGACGUGUCUCACGUGUUCUCCCUGCAGCAGCUGCUGCAAGGCAAAUGGGCAAGUGGGGCGACCUGGACGUGUGUCACGAGUUCAGCCUGCAGCAGCUCAUGCAAGCCACGGACAACUGGGCUGAUGCCAACCGGCUGGGGCGGGGGGGCUUUGCAACGGUGUACCUGGGGGUGUCGGCCCAAGGGGAGAUGUGGGCUGUGAAGCGAUGUAGAGUGAUGACCAACGACUUUGAGAAAGAGGUGCGAGCCAUGGCAACGCUGAGGCACGAGAACCUGGUGCGGCUGCUGGGGUUCUGUGUGGACAUGCAGGUGGAGAGCGGACGGCAGGAGCAGGUGUUGGUGUACGAGUAUGUGGGGAACGGCGACCUCAAGCACCACAUCCACCACGCCAAGUGCCCCCUCACCUUCCACCAGCGCCUGAGAAUAGCACUGGGAGCAGCAGAAGGGCUAUCCUAUCUGCACAGCUUCAGCACGCCCAUCGUGCACCGCGAUGUGAAGCCCGCAAACAUCCUCGUCACUGACUCGCUUGCCGCCAAGCUCGCUGACUUUGGGCUGCUCAAACAGCUCACUGAGGGGGACGGGGAGGGCGGUGCCACGAGGAUCGCAGGCACGCCGGGAUAUGUGGAUCCGGACUACAACCGCACACGGGUGGUGUCGCCCAAGACAGAUGUCUACAGGUGGUCGACUCAAAAAGACUUUGGGCUGCUCAAGCAGCUCACUGAAGGGGACGGGGAGGGGGGUGCCACUAGGAUCGCAGGCACGCCGGGGUAUGUGCACCCGGAUUACAACCGCACACGGGUGGUGUCUCCCAAGACUGAUGUGUACAGUCGAUUCAGAGAUGACUUGGGGCUGCUGAAGCAGCUCAGUGAAGGGGAUGGGGACGGGGAGGGCAGUGCCACGAGGAUUGCAGGCACCCCGGGGUAUGUGGACAGGGACUACAAUCGCACACAGGUGGUGUCCCCCAAGACAGACGUUUACAGCUUCGGAGUGGUGCUGCUGGAAAUGCUGACAGGGCGGCCGGCAGUGAUGAGCGAAGAAGACUACCACAUCGCCACGUGGGUGAGUGCCCUCUCAGUCUCUCUCCCUCUGCUCCACACUGGUGCAGUGAUUCCUAGGCUCUCCAUGCCCUCUCAUCUUGCCUUAAAAUGCCGUGCGCUACCUGGUGCAUCCCCUCCCCACCACCAGGCGGCCCAACGGGUGGCGGAUUACGAGCUAGAUCUGCUGAAAGACCCCUCGAUGGAGGUUCCAGAGGAUGCUAUAGUGGAUUUUGCAGACAUUGCUCUCGACUGCCUCAAAAUGCCUUGGACUUGCUCCAUCCCCUCCCCACACCAGGCGGCCCAACGGGUGGCGGAUUACGAGCUAGACCUGCUGAAAGACCCUUCUAUGGAGGUUCCAGAGAACACUAUGGUGGAGUUUGCAGACAUUGCUCUCGACUGCCUCAAAAUGCCUUGGACUUGCUCCAUCCCCUCCCCACACCAGGCGGCCCAACGGGUGGCGGAUUACGAGCUAGACCUGCUGAAAGACCCUUCUAUGGAGGUUCCAGAGGAUGCUAUAGUGGAGUUUGCAGACAUUGCUCUCGACUGCCUCAAAAUGCCUUGGACUUGCUCCAUCCCCUCCCCACACCAGGCGGCCCAACGGGUGGCGGAUUACGAGCUAGACCUGCUGAAAGACCCUUCUAUGGAGGUUCCAGAGGAUGCUAUAGUGGAGUUUGCAGACAUUGCUCUUGACUGCCUGAAAAUGCCGUGCACACGCCGCCCGGACAUGAAGGCUGUAGCACACAGAAUCGGCGAUCUGAUUCAGAAGUACUGUACUGGUAAAGGUGAGAGGGAGGCUGCUCCCGUUGAGCCUGUAACGAGAGCACUCGUUAGCGAGGAUGUGGAUAGUGUUGGUAUGGAAGGCUUCGGAGGUGUUAGUGGGUUCACAAGCACGGAAAGCACAGACAAGAGUGGGGCGGUUAGUGGGCAAGAAAGUGGCAGUCUCUUGGGUAAGCAAGUGGAGGGAAGGGAUUCUGAAGAGGUUGUGGGUUUGAGGAUUUCAGCCACGGAUAGCAUGACGUCUAGAGCCUCCCAUGCUGAGCAUAGUGCGAUCGAAAAUAGAGUUCAUCCCCGCUGA